GAUCCACAUGGAAUAGCUGACCUCUUUCCUUCGGAUGUGUUCCCGGAGGAAGACAUGGAUGAAUAUGAGCCUUCGGUUCCUGAUGAAGGGGGCGCUGCUGUUUCAAUUGAAGGAUUACAACCUGUUUUGGAGUCACCCUCUGAGCUGUUCCGAGAUGAUCACGGUGAAAUGCCUAGUGUCUCUGCCCAAGCGGUGGACGGUUCUGCGGGACCGGAUGGGUUGGUCGCUGAGUCUGUUGAGGACUGGGGUGCUGGAGAGCUUCCCUCUGAUAAGGUUGAACUUGAGCGCUUAGUGGAGGAACUGAAAAAACCGGUUGAAAUGGUGGUGCUGCGGUACUUUGUUGCGCUGAAAUCUAAGACCGGAGCAGAUGUCGCACAGGGUGUUCAGCGUAUGGUUCAGCAUUCUUUACCGACGGAUAAGAAGGCUAAUGGCUUAGCCGAGCGUUUUGGCCUCUCGCUGCAAGAUGGGCAGUGGAGUCACACAAUCGGCGGGUCCAUGGAGAGCCUUCCCUUCCAGCAUUCGGAUGGCAACUUAGUGUCUUCGAAGGGCUUUCGCUCUGGAGUGGUAGAUCCAGCUGCUUUAGAGGAAGCCAGAGUUCCACCAAUCCAGGAGGAGUCUGAGGACUGGGACUUGUUUGGGGAUGAGGAGGAGCAAGAGCCUCAUUCUAUGCCAUUGAGGAGGAUCACAGGAAAGUCCACGGUCCGCUUUGUUGAGUACGAUGAGUCGGUUGAUUUUGAGGCCCUGGCCAAUUUGGCAACAAUCCAAGAGAAGUUUGACAAUGAAACAUUUGCGAAGAUAGUUGACCACGUUGCAAAAGGGGAUCGCUCUUCACUUGAUCGAAGGGGUGAGUUUGAUGAACGAAUUGUUCUGGGUGCAUAUUGUCACGGCGGCAUUAGGGGUAUGACUAGGCUUACUCGCCGAAGCCCUAGCUUCACCAAGUAUGUGAAUUGUUUCCUGAGGAGUAGGCUCCAGGAUGAGGAGAAGAAGGAUCUCCACCAAUCCUGGACCGCGCUCAUGAUCAUACGUGCUACCGAUGUUCCUGCGCAUAAGGACUUUCGCAACGAGUGGGGCUCCCUGAACCACGUGGCUUACGUGUUGGGGAUUACCACCCCAGAGGACUUGACGUUCCUAUUCUUGGAGGAUCUGAUUGAGUUUGGAAUUCCGGAACAAGAUGCAAGGAUGCAGGCUACCUGGGAUGGCUUUGAGGAGGAGCAGGAGCUAGAACUCCAGCAGGCUCAAGAGGAGUUUAAGUGCAAGGCGCUUUCGUGUCCAGCAGUGUUGGAUGGCGAGGAUCGCAGUCAGACAACAGGCCAUGCCUUUGGUGAGCACCAGGUCGAAGAGGACAUGUACACCCAAAACGUGGAGGAGAUCUUGGAGGGCUUGACGUCCUCUUUGAAGGUGGUCCAUAACGUGGCACCGGCAGAAGUCAAGAGACAUCUGUCAAAGUGGCGCCAGGCGGCAAUGACUGAGGUGAAUGCCUUAGAAGGCAUGAAAGGAAUUCGCCGCUUAUUUGGAGAUGAUGCAGUACGUGAGUCAAGGGUCUCUGGGACUCAGAUCUUACCGGCCAAGACGGUCUUCACAGUUAAGCCAGGUUCUGGGAAAGAUCUGUACCGACGCAAGUGCAGGGUAGUCGGCUGCGGGAAUUUCGAAGCCAAGGAUAGUGCUACUGAUGUCUAUGCCAGCGGUAUACCCGCUGAUGUUCUCCGGGCGUGUCUCAUUGAAGCAUCAGCGAGAAAAUACGGCGCAUACAUAACUGACAUUAAGAACGCCUUUUUACUGGCUCCCAUCCCCGAAUCCGAGAAGACCCGCAUUCUUCUUCGCCCGCCGAGAAUUCUUGAACUGCUUGAGAUUACCCAGCCUGGAGAGCUAUGGUACGUGGAACGGGCCAUUUAUGGCCUUCGCCAUUCUCCACGUUGGUGGUCAGAUCAUCGUGACGCUGUUUUGCGGGACGCAAGUUGGCAGUCUGAUCAUGGCACCGUGCGCCUAGUACAAUCCAGUAUCGAGAGUAAUCUAUGGACACUGGUUACCGAUUGCAAUAGGACGAUCGGCUAUGCCAUUGUUUACGUGGAUGAUCUUAUGAUCCUGUCCAGUCCUGAGGAUGCCGAACUUGCUCAUGCCUGGAUACGAAGCACUUGGGAGUGUACUCCUCUACAGGCUGCCUCGAAGGAUGAGCCUAUCACCUUUCUUGGUGUUGAGAUUCGAGUUGAGUCCACAGAUACUGGUGCUGAAGGGUUUACCCUGUCACAGAAGGGAUACAUUGAGGAAUUGGUACGGGCACACGAGCUGGAGUGGGUCAAGGAUCUUCCCGAAGAAGAGGUCUUCACACCUGAAUCCUUGCGCUUUGCACAGCGA